UUCACGUGACAUCAAUUGGUCAACUUUUCAGUUCUCACUUCUCCCCAUUCUUGACAAUGUACGAGAAACACAGUCGAUCAAAACAAGAAACAAAAAUCUGAGAUCUGGUCAUAACACAGUUACCCAGUUCAGGCACUAAUCACACUCUCUAAUUCCAUGCUCAGUUCAUCAAACUCUGUAGAAAACAUGCCCAUGGUUCCAAGAUUUCUACAUAGCCAAAACCGCCUCAAAGAUCUUCUCUUACUCUUCUCCACACUUGUAAUCUUCUACUUAAUCUUCCUUCUUCACCAUCUCCACACCCCUAAAACCAACUUCAUCCCUAACACCGACUAUACCCCCACCACCCCACCCCGCUCCACUAAUCUCUCUCUUUCUCACCUCUUUUUCUCCAUUGCCGCCGCUUCUUCCUCUUUCUCUCUCCGUCUCCCUUUUAUUAACCUUUGGUACAAACCCAAUUCCACAAACGCUGUAAUUUUCCUCGACACCCCAAUUUCCACUACCCUCUCUGUUUCCUCACCUCCAAUUCUUGUUUCCUCUGAUACUUCGAAGUUUCCUUAUUCUUUCCCUUCUGGUCGUCGUUCAGCAAUUCGGAUUGCUCGUAUUGUUAAAGAUACUUUUGACUUAGCUAAAAAUGUAAACUUUUCGAACACCCGUUGGUUUAUUUUUGGUGAUGAUGAUACUGUUUUUUUCACGGAGAAUUUGGUUAGUGUUUUGUCGAAAUAUGAUUAUGAAAAGUGGUAUUAUGUUGGGUAUAAUUCUGAGAGUUAUGAGCAGAAUGAGAAGUAUUCUUUUGAUAUGGCAUUCGGGGGUGGUGGGUUUGCGCUAAGUGCUCCUUUGGCUAAGGUUUUAGCUGGAGUUUUGGAUUCUUGUUUGAUGAGGUAUCCUCAUUUGUAUGGAAGUGAUUCUAGGGUUUUUUCUUGCUUAGCUGAGCUUGGAGUACGUUUGACCCAUGAACCUGGAUUCCAUCAGGUUGAUGUUCGAGGAGAUUUAUUUGGUAUCCUUUCCGCACAUCCAUUAUCACCUCUGUUAUCACUUCAUCACUUGGAUGCUGUGGAGCCACUUUUUCCUGGCAUGACCAGGAUUGCAGCCACGGAGCAUCUUUUCCAAGCUGUCCAGGCUGAUCCAGCUAGGAUUUUCCAACAAACAGUGUGCUACAACAAGUCCAACUUACUGACAGUUUCGGUUGCAUGGGGUUACGCAGUUCAGGUGUUUGAAGGGAACGAACUUCUUCCAGAUCUCCUCUCACGACAGCCAACAUUUAGACCAUGGAAAAGGGGUAAAAGUGUCGCUGCAAAAUAUAUGUUCAACACUAGGGUCUUACCCAGUGAUCCAUGCGAAAGACCUGCGGUCUACUUCUUGCAAAAUGUUCUUUCUAGUAGAGAUGGCAUAUGGAAUGAAUAUGUAAGACACGAUGGGAACUGCGUAAGAAGUAGUCCGACAAAAGAACUAGCAAAGAUAAGAGUCUUCUCGCAGAAGCUAGCCUUUGAUGCUGAACAGGUACUCUGCUUGCAUUUGAAGGCGCCCCGUAGAUCAUGCUGUGACAUUUCAUCACCUAUCAAUGAGACGAUGAUAAUUGGUAUUAGACAAUGUGGGUAUGAUGAGUUGAUCUCGAUGCAAACGUAGAAAGAUCCUCGAAAUUGCUCUAGACAAAUGAUCUGUCAAUAUAUGACUGGACGCACGAGCGGGGAUCAUGCAGUGUCUUGACAGGAACUCUCUCUUCAUUUCUGAAUUUUACAAGAUUUUUGCGAUUGUUACUCUACCUCUUCUAAUAUUAAGGCACCCUAGUUUGAGGGGGUAAUGUGUCUUGCAUCUCUUUUGGAAUGAGUACUAAUCACUCCUCAGACACCUUGGUCGCCUGUCAAUUCCACGGAUCUCAUGGCGAAAGCAAGCUAUGUGCUUAUAAUUGUAUUGGUGUAUUCUGACAUACCGCGGAUUGAAGUUGUUCUAAUUUUAUAGGAACUAUGAUUUGAUUUUAGGCAUUUGUAACUGGAGAAAGAUGAAUUGUAUAAAUAAUAACUUCAGCUGGAGCUCGUAUCAUGUAUCAUUUAAUGUUCAAUAAGAAAUUACUGUGGAUAUCAAGUUUUACUGAAUCCUUAACUGUUAGUUUAA